AUGGUAACUAUCGUGAUCCUCUUGCGAGAAAAGUGCGGCCGUUCCAAAUGCAUCUCAGUUUAUCUGACGGCCAUGGCAGUGGCGGAUCUAAUGUGCCUCGUGUUUGAUGUCAUCCUCUUUGAGCUCCACGGAAUUUAUUACCCUGAUUCAUUCUUAGAUUACACAGCCAUCUGCAGAAUGAAUUUCUUCUUAAUUUUCACCUCUGUGGAAUGUUCUGUUUGGUUAACUGUUGCCUUUACCUUUGACCGAUAUGUUGCCAUUUGUUGCCAAAAGCUAAGAACACAAUAUUGCACAGAAAGAACUGCAAAGGUCGUUGUAGCAACAAUCUGGGGGCUGAGCAUUUUGGAAAAUAUACCAAGGUAUUUUGUGAGUGAACCUCAUGUGAUCAUUGACAAUAUUGCGUCGUUCUGCAUUGUGAAAGCAAGUCGCUAUACUGAACUGAUAUGGAUCUCAUACUUAUGGAUUGAUAUCAUCUUCCUAACUUUUAUUCCAUUUCUCUUGGUUCUGCUGUUUAAUGGUCUAACCAUCAAACACAUUUUACUGACAAGUCGAAUCAGGAAGGCUCUUCGGGGCAGUGAUAAUGACUCAGAAUUGGAGAACAGAAAGAAAUCCAUUGUGUUACUGCUGCUCAUAUCUGCAAAUUUUAUCCUGUUGUGGAUGGUCAUUCUUACUCAUUUUAUUUGUGCACAAAUAACCGAAGUUGAAUUCUUGCAGACAAACUAUAGUAACCCUUUCGCCAUCCUGGAACAGGCUGGACAUAUGCUACAGUAUUUGAGUUCCUGCACAAACACCAUAAUCUAUGUAGCCUCCCAGGCUAAGUUCAGGGAGGACAUAAAGAUAUUGUUUAAAUAUCCUCUGACUUUACUUUUGAAGGUACAGAAAUAG